AUGAUCGCAGUGGGCCGGGAGAGAAACGGCAAGGGUUGGAGCCCGAGAUUUUAUGUGGAGUUUUCUCUAAGGGAGAAAUCUGAGGGUAUUCCCACGGCGCCUUUUAUGAACAGUUCCUUUGACGAUCGGGCCGAGUUUGCUGUCCUCCAACUCGGGUUUAUGAACUUCGUCGUAGCUCCCUUGUGGAACGCCAUGGCUGACAUGUGGCCUGCCUUGGAGCCUCGGAGGAAGCAACUUGCUGAAAACGUCGAGUACUUCAAGAAGCUGCGAGAAUCUGUCAAGACGGAAGAGGAUUGCCCUGCUGAAUGA